AUCCCAGCAAUGAAGAGAAACUUUGUGGCAGUAGAAGAAGAUACUUUGGAUAAUCAUGGAGUCGCAUGGUGGAGAGGGCCGCUUCUUGGCAAAGGAGGCUCUGGGUCUGUUUAUCUCGCCUAUUUGAAGAAACCCAAAUCAAGAAACGCGUUUUAUCGGCGUGUUAUGGCUGUUAAAUCGGCGGACGUCUCUUCAUCAAGUUUGCUUCAGAAGGAGAAAGAGGCUUUCAACCAUCUUCAUGACUGUCCCUACAUUAUUGAGUGUUAUGGUGAGGAAACUACUGUGAGUAAGAAUGGACAGAUGGUCUACAAUCUGUUGCUGGAGUAUGCUUCUGGAGGAACCCUAGCUAAUCUUAUUAGGAGAUCGGGUGAUUGUGGAUUGCCUGAAUUGGAUGUGAAGAGAUACACAAGGUCUAUACUUAAAGGCAUCGAUUAUAUCCAUAGCCAUGAUUAUGUUCAUCGGGAUUUGAAGCCAGAGAAUGUGUUGCUUGUGCCAAGUGGUAGUGGUGACUUUGUGCCCAAGAUUGCGGAUUUCGGGUUAGCCAAGAAAGUUCAGAAGACAAAGAGGAGAAUGUUUGAUUCAUCUAUUGCGGGGACUAUUUUGUAUAUGGCACCAGAGACUCUAGUUGAUAAUAUUCAGGAAUCUCCCUCUGAUAUUUGGGCUCUCGGAUGCAUAGUUUAUGAGAUGUUUACUGGGAAACCAAUUUGGGGUUUGGACCCUAAUGAGUCAACUGAAGAACUCUGCAAAAGGAUUGUUGAUAGAUUUAAGUUACCUGAAAUUCCAUCUGGGAUCUCAAAGGAUGGAAAGGAUUUCUUAAAAGGAUGCCUAGUGAAGAAUCAUAAGUUCAGAUUCAGCAUUGAGAUGUUACUGAAUCAUCCAUUUGUAUCAGGAAUACUAGAUGACAGAGGUAAUGAACUUUGUGAUUGGAGCUGUACUGAAGAGUGGAGUUCUGUCUCUGAAGAGGGUUCGUGUUGUUGUUGUUGGUCAGAUGUUGCAGAAGGGAGUAAUGGCAGGGAGUUCUGAAGUUCCCCUGAAACCACAGCUUCAAGAGUCUGAGGAAGUAGUGCUCCAAAUCUCUGCUAUCACUGACAAAGGUAUAUUCUCUUGCAUUUGAUUCAACAGCCCAUGUUUCUUCAUUCGCAAAUAUAAGGGAAAUAUGCUACUAUAUAUAUUCACCAUUCCUACUUGUGCAGAUUGGUAUUCAAGUUAAGAAACAGUUUGAUGGACAUCAACUUCAGCACUACACAAUUGGAACUGAAAUGAUUUGGGCAUAUGUCUCUCAAGGAAUUGAAGAUGUGGUUUUCUUGCAAUUGCAAAGAAUAUGGUCUAAAUUGGCCAAUGGAGCUGGAUUGGGCUACACAACUCUGGUAUUCUGCUCAUGACUGACACUGUUAUACAUUUAAUGGUAUAAGAAUUACAAGUGAUAUUCUAUUGGUAUAAGGAGAUCGGGUGGUUGUGGAUUACCUGAAUUGGAUGUGAAGAGAUACACAAGGUCUAUUCUUAAAGGCAUCGAUUAUAUCCAUCGCCAUGAUUAUGUUCAUCGUGAUUUGAAGCCAGAGAAUGUGUUGCUUGUGCCAAGUGGUAGUGGUGACUUUGUGCCCAAGAUUGCGGAUUUCGGGUUAGCCAAGAAAGUUCAGAAGACAAAGAGGAGAAUGUUUGAUUCAUCUAUUGCCGGGACUAUUUUGUAUAUGGCACCAGAGACUCUAGUUGAUAAUAUUCAGGAAUCUGCCUCUGAUAUUUGGGCUCUCGGAUGCAUAGUUUAUGAGAUUUUUACUGGGACAAACCACUUUGGGGUUUGAACCCUAAUGAGUCAACUGAAGAACUCUGCAAAAGGAUUGUUGAUAGAUUUAAAUUACCUGAAAUUCCAUCAGGGAUCUCAAAGGAUGGAAAGGAUUUCUUGAAAGGAUUUCUUGAAAGGAUGCCUAGUGAAGAAUCAUAAGUUCAGAUUCAGCAUUGAGAUGUUACUGAAUCAUCCAUUUGUAUCAGGACUACUAGAUGACAGAGGUAAUGAACUUUGUGAUUGAAGCUGUACUGAAGAGUGGAGUUCUGUCUCUGAAGAGGGUUCGUGUUGUUGUUGUUGGUCAGAUGUUGCAGAAGGGAGUAAUGGCAGGGAGUUCUGAAGUUCCCCUGAAACCACAGCUUCAAGAGUCUGAGGAAGUAGUGCUCCAAAUCUCUGCUAUCACUGACAAAGAUUGGUAUUCAAGUUAAGAACCAGUUUGAUGGACAUCAACUUCACCACUACACAAUUGGAACUGAAAAGAUUUGGGCAUGUCUCUCAAGGAAUUGAAGCUUCAAAGACUAUGGUCCAAUGGAGCUGGAUUGGGUGCAAUUCUGGUAUUGUGCUUAUGACUGACACUGUUAUAUAUAUAAUGGUAUGAGAAUUACAAGAGAUAUUCUAUUGUUUCCCAAGAGAAUUAGGUGCUUGUAUUGAUGUUUUACAAAUCUUGGAUUUCAUUAAAUGGAGCUUGCUUGUGUGAUGAAGAUGAUGUGUGUACUUGCAGGUUUCCAAUCCAAAAUGAGCCUAU